GCGCACUUGCCGUGAAUGUUUUCUUCUGCUGCGAAUUUUUCUCACAGCAUUUCCACGAUUUUCCCCCUGUUUUACCCCGCGUGACCCGGUGGAAGUGCGUGAAAAGUGCACCGGAGACCGCCUUGAGGCAAUAGCGAGUGCUUUCGUGGGCAGUUGGGCCGGAGUGAGUGGAAAACAGUGCUGAGAACUCUUCCAGUGACACUGCGUGGCUUUUCAAUGAGCAGGUAACCAUCGGUGAAGCGAAGAUGACGGACAUUGUGUAUCCACAAGGCUGUAAACCCGUGACGGAUGACCUGGGCCCAGAUGAGCUUAUACGGCGCCUCAAGGCGCUCUCGCACACCCUCCAGACGAUGGGCCAGGACGAGGGACUCUACCAGCAGUACAUUCCGCUGGCGCUACACCUGGCGGACGAGGCGUUCCUCUGCCACAGCUCUCGCGACGUACAGCUGCUGAUCGCCUGUUGCAUCGCAGACGUGCUGCGCGUGUACGCGCCGGAGGCGCCCUACAAGGACCAGGAACAGGUGAAGGGCAUCUUCCUGUUCCUCAUACGCCAGCUGAAUGGGCUGAAGGACCCCAAGGACCCCGCCUUCAAGAGAUACUUCUACCUGCUCGAGAAUCUCGCCUACGUCAAGUCCUUCAACAUGUGCUUCGAGUUGGAGGACUCGCAGGAGAUCUUCUGUGCCCUGUUCCAGCUCAUGUUCAAGAUUGUCAAUGACGAGCACAGCGGCAAGGUGAAGUCCUUCAUGCUGGACGUCCUGUGUCCUCUCAUCACGGAGUCUGACAACGUGUCUAAUCAAUUGCUGGACAUCAUUCUGUCGAAUAUCGUGGAGCCGCAGAAGACGGCCAAGAAGAAUGCGUACUACAUUGCCAAAGAGCUGAUUGUCAAGACGGCGGACACGCUGAAGCAGUACAUCCAGGCGUUCUUCAACCAGGUGCUGGUGCUGGACAAGGUGGACAAGAGCUUCACCAUCACGUCCAAAGUAUACGACCUGAUCUACGAGCUGAAUAUCAUUGCACCGCCGUGUCUGCUGUCCGUGCUGCCGCAGCUGGAGUGCAAGCUGAAGUCCAGCAAGGAGAGUGAGCGCGUGAAGGCCGUGGCGCUGCUGGCCAGGAUGUUCUCCGAGAAGGACUCCGGCCUGGCGAAGCAGUAUACGCCGCUGUGGCGCACAUUCCUCGGCCGCUUCUACGACAUCGCCGUGCCGAUACGGAUCAAGUGUGUGCAGAGCACGAUGCACUUCCUGCUCAAUCAUCCGCACCUGCGCAAGGAUGUCAUCGAGACGCUGAAAGUGCGCCAGCACGACUCCGACGAGACGGUGCGCUACGAGGUGGUGAUGGCGAUCGUGGAGACGGCCAAGAGGGACUUCCAGAUUGUGUCCGAGUCGGAGGACUUGCUGGACUUCGUGAAGGAGCGCACGCUGGACAAGAAGUUCAAGAUACGCAAGGAGGCGAUGAACGGCCUGGCGAUGAUCUACAAGAAGUACUUAAGUGACAGCAACGUGCCGGACGCCACCAAGAAGGCGGUGAACUGGAUUAAGGACAAGAUUCUGCACGGUUACUACAUGACGGGCAUCGAGGACCGACUGCUGGUGGAGCGACUGCUCAUCACGUGCCUGGUGCCGUACCAGCUGCCCGCCGAUGACCGGAUGCGCAAGCUGUACCAGCUGCUGGGCACGAUUGAUGACAACGCCACGAAGGCGUUCAUUGAGCUGCAGAAGAACCAGCUGAAGGUGCGCAAGACGGUGUCGGAGUGGAUCAAGCUGCACAGAGUGAAGGUGGUGACGCCGCAGGUGCAGAAGGAGAUGAAUGCCAAGUGCACGCACAUCUCCAAACAGCUGCCGGACCCGGUGAAGGCACAGGAAUUCCUCACCAAGUUUUCCGCACACAUGCGGAGUGACGUGCAGCUGGUGCGCGAGAUGGACACGAUCCUGAAGCGCGAUGUGUCAUGCAAGGAGUGCGCCGACACCAUGGCCACGGUGCUGAAGAAGCUGGGCCAGCCCAUCAUGACGAAUCUGUACUACAACACCAUCAAGAUGCUGCUGGAGCGCAUCGCGUCCGUGAUGGUGGACAAGGCGAGCAUUGAGGUGCUGGUGGGGCUGAUUGAGGACUGCAUGCAUGGCGGCGAGGAGGUGUGCAAGGAGGUCGGCCUGCCGGCGGAGUCGGCCGGCGAACGCGGCCUGAAACUGCUCAGCGUGCUGGCGUACGUCUUCUCGGCGCACUUCCAGCACACCACAAUUCUCACGCACAUGAUCUCGCUGCUCGGCUCAGAGCACGAGUACGCGGCGCCGUACAUUCUCAAGGCCUUCACGUACUUGGGGCGCUACAAGCCGCUGGUGGACUCCCAUCCCGCCAUGCUGCACCGCAUGACGCCCGUGUGCAAGGAGCUGGCCAUCUCGGGCACGCCCAAGCAGGCCAAGCACGCCAUCCGCUGCAUGUACGUGAACAUGACGCCCAGCGUGGCCGCGGAGGCACAGGGCGCCGACUCGGGUGACGUGUUCGCGGAGAUUGUGGAGACGCUGAAGGUGAAUCUGAGCCCGGAGCAGGCCAAGUACCGCACGGCGAUCGUGUGUCUCGGACACAUUGCGUACAACAUCCCGGAUCGCUUCCACGUGCCGAUCAAGAACAUCAUCUCGCGGAAGAUUGUGAAGGAGCUGCUGGUGAAGGAUGUGCCGGAGGAUAGGAAGGGCAUCCCGGGCAGCGAGUGGUGUGCGGAGGAGGAGUUGCCCGAGGAGACGCGCUGCAAGGUGGAGGGCCUAAAGACGAUGGCGCGCUGGCUGCUGGGCCUGAAGAAGGACGUGAUGUCGGCGCAGAAGACGUUCCGCAUGCUGCACGCGUUCAUCAAGCAGAAGGGCGAUCUGCUGGAGCAGGGCCGACUGUCGGCGGCGGAGAUGUCGUGGCUGCGAUUGAGCGCCGGCACGGCCAUGCUCAAGAUUUGCGAGCAGAAGGGCGUCGGUGACCAGUUCACGGCCGAGCAAUUCUACAAUCUGUCGCAGCUGAUGGUGGAUCCCGUGCCGGAGGUGCGCGAGGCGUUCACGCGGAAGCUGCACAAGGGGCUGAACAAGGGCAUUCCGCACAAGUGUCUGCCACUGGACUUCAUGGGCUACUACGUCCUGGGCGGCCGCGAGGCGGACAGAAGGCUGAGCCACCAGAUCAAGACGAACAUCGAGACGGACGUGAGUCGACGAAGAGAGUACGUGAAGUCCUUCGCGACGGUGGAGCGCGCAAUGUCUCAGCUUCCGCACAUCCUGCCCGACUACAUGCUGGUGUUUGCCGUGCCCGUGCUCACGCACGACCCGAACUUCACGCAGUUCGAUGAUCCGGCGCAGCUGAAGCAGGUGGAGAAGUGUCUGUGGCUGAUCCUGGAGCCGCUCAUCACCAACAAGGAGUUCUUCUGCUUCGGCUUCUACAAGAACCUCGUGGACAGGAUGAAGCAGCACAAGGAUGCACUGAAGAAGGAGGACGAUGAGACGAAUUUCAAAAUGUGGGCGAUCUGUGACAUUGCGAUGCACCUGAUCUACACCAAGUGCAUCAAUUACGACACGAGGGACUUUCCGCUGGAGGCCAGGAUACCGUCGAUGUACUUCCAGGCGCAGCCCGAGGACUUCAGGAACACGCGCAUCUACCUUCCAGCCGAUCUCUAUCUGCCGCAGAGCGUCAACGCGCGCAAGCACAUGCUGACUGACCGCAAAGUGACGGCGAACAACAAGGCGCACGACACCGCGGACGUGGAGAACGAGGCCGAGAACAACUGCGAGGAGCACCAGCUGUCGCUGGACAUGAAGGAGCCGCCGGCGAAGCGGAUGCUGCUCGGCGAGUGAGGCGCGCGCGCGUGACGAGAUAUCAAAGAGAUAAAUGACGUUAACUUUUUAUUAAUUUAUGUAAUAAGUAGGAAAGAUAUUUAAUAAGUUGAUAUAAUGAGAUAAGAGUUAAUUCGUAAGGUGAGAAAAGAUGAAAAUAUUCAGUUUAAGUUUUUUUUUUUCUUUCUUCACGUGAAAAAAAAUCCGUUAAUUUCAUGCGAAUUCCUUUCUUUCAUUUUGCUAGAACUUUAGUUUUUAUUCGAUUGGAGAAUUCAUUGAAGCGCGAUGGAGAGGAUUUAGUCGGAGAGUAUAAGAAAUAAAUUUCAUAUUUGUCUUUAUUCUUCAUCCGGCGUUUGUUCGAUACUCUCCUCUUCCUCAGUUGGCUA